UCCCCCAGCAGGGCAGCGUAGCCAGGGUGGCCGGCGUGGGGCGUCCCAUGGGUGAGCGGCACCGGGGCCACCGGGCGGGAGCGGGGGGGGGAAGCGGAACCGGGAGCGCUUACAACACCGGCAGCCCCCCACCCCAUCUCCGCCUCCGCGGGCUGGCGAUUUCAGGAGGGAGCCGCCGAGCCCGCGGGCUAUAAAGGCGAGGGGUGGCCUGCCCCACAGCCAGCCCCAUGGCCUGCCCCAUGGCCUGCCCCAUGACCAGCCCCACAGCCUGCCCCAUGGCGCUCACCCUCGCCCUCCUCAUCCUCUGCGCAGAGGCCGAAGGCUUCGCAUCGUGCCACGCGCCCACCCUGCAGACCAAGGUCUUCAAGUACCGGAUCUGGGACAUGAACCAGAAGUCGCUGUACCUGCGCAACGACCAGCUGGUGGCUGGGCACCUGCAGGGCGCCAACGCCGCGCUGGAAGAGAAGGUUUUUUGGGUGCCCAACCGCUCCUUCGAGCACACCCGGCUCCCCGUCAUCAUGGGCAUCCAGAACGGCACCCGCUGCCUCGCCAGCCCCACUGCCCCCCAGCCCACCCUGCGGCUCGAGGCCGCCAACAUCACGGAGCUGCCCCGCGCCGGCGAGGCCUCGGCGCCCUUCACCUUCUUCCGCUCCUACAAGGACGGGCUGUGGCGCUUCGAGUCGGCCGCCAACCCCGGCUGGUUCCUCUGCACCUCGGCGCGCGCCCACGAGCCCCUGGGGCUCUCGCGGCACCCCGACGCCACCCACGUCCUCGACUUCUACUUCCAGCUUUGCUGAGCCCCCUGGGGACGGUGACAUCCCCCAGGGACGGUGAUGUCUCCCUGGGGAUGAUGGCACCCCCCUGGGGACAGUGACAUCCCCCGGGGAUGGUGACACCCCCCAGGAAUGGUGACACCCCCCCAGAGAUGGUGACACCCCCCCAGGGCUGGUGAUGUCC